AUGUCCAGUCAAAUGGCUAGACCAAUGACUGGACAGCUUGCUCCAAAAGUGGGGGUUUCCCUGGGAGUUCUAGGAUUCUCUAGCUACUGGCUAUGGAAUAACCAAAUUAAGAGCGAGGUGGCUGUCAACGACCAAAGUCGACUUGCCUUCGAGAAGGGAGCCCAGGAUCUUGCUCAGAAACCGGUUCAUGACAAAUCAUUUGGCGGAAAGCUCAAUUACCAGGAACUAUCCAUCGGUUCCAUGUGCGGCUUGGCAUGUGGAAUUGUUGUUGGGAAAUUAAGCUCCUUGAUUGUUUUCGUUUCGUUGAGCUUUUAUUUGGGAGUCCAGUUCCUCCAAUCCCGGGGAAUCAUCACAAUUCCUUGGACUAGAUACAUCAAAGUCGGAUCGCAGCUCAUCGACGUGAGACAGAUGGUCUUUGAACAGCCAAGUUUCAACAUCACGUUUAUUCUAACAUUUUUGCUGGCAGCUUACUAUGUGUGA